AUGAUAGAAAAUGAAGACCCGCUUUUUGGAGUCGAUGGAAUCGGAGAAUUGCUGGAAGAGGAGGAGAAUGAACUCGACGUGCAGAAGUAUUUGUACAGGGCCCUGGCUGAGCAUGUCGAAGAACUGAGCCGUGAAAACGAAGAACUUCAAGCCCAAAAUCGCCAUUUGCGAAGUCAACUCGAGUCGUCUGGAAAUGAUCAGAAAAGAAGCUCGAGCUGGAAUGGAGUUGAGAACGCGCUGGGAUUCGCGUUUUCGACCGACAAUCCCGCAUUGCAGAUGGACGAGCUGAGGAAAGAAAUUGAAGCUCUUGGGCAAACGGAUUAUGCAGACUCCAAUGCGGGUGAUAAUUUGUCGAUCUUCACGGAUUCUGGCAACAACUCGGAAAUCGGCGGCUCUCACUGGAGUUUGUCCGGAAGCUCUUCAACAUUCGAUAUGUCCCGGGUCCAGCGGUGCCAGCGGAAGAUUGCCGAACUGGAGAAAGAAGCCGACCAGGCGAGAAGAUACAAUAGAUCGCUCAUGUCCGACUUUGCCGAUCAACUUCGACUAAAAGCACGCGCCCUGGGCGAUUCAGUUCAAAAAGCAAGGCCGUACUUCGAUGCUCUUCGAAAAAGCAAAAACGCAAAAGGGCGGACCUCGCAUUUCGCCAAUCAAUACACUCGCGCGCAGCAGAUUCUCAAGGCUUCGCGAGAUCUCGUCGCCAAUUCGGAGGAGAAAAUGAUGAGCGAUCCGACGAACAUGCAAUGGCUGGAGCUGCUCAAUGAGGCCAAUGAUCGAGCUAACCAGGCCUCCGCUGAAAAAUCGAAAAUCCAGUGUCGUCACGAAGAAGCUGCUCAAAAUUAUCGACUCGCGGAAGAAGUUGCUGCUCAAUUGCUAAAAGCUGAGCGCAGAAAUAUUCGAAAGGCUACUUCCUAUUUCGAACUGAAGUCCAAGUUGGAGCAGAAACUCGAGGACUCAAGAAAAACGAUGCAGAAUAUUGAUUUUCGUCUCGUUGAAGCAAAGGCUGAAUUAUCAGGCGCUCUCCAACGUCUUGGCAAAAAGUUCGACUCAUCCGACCAGCUCCACAGGAGUUCUUCGUCCAUCAUUCCAGAGCCAGAGCCUGCUCCCUCCUCUUCUCAUCCAAUCGACUCUACUCCGAAUCAAUCAUCCCCGAAAUCGACUCUAGAAGACGAAGAAGACGGGUCAGAUCGCGAAGAAGAUCACUUUCAAAACGGAGAUCAGGUCUUUUUCGACGAUUUCUAG